AUGGUCGGGCGGCAGACGAGGGAGUCUGGAAUGCGGCAGCUCCUCGGGCAGAGCCCGGGGCGCCCCUGCUCAUCCCGGCAUCAUCCCGGUGAAUCAGGAGGAGCAAACCGGGCUGUUUUCCUGCCGGGAACGGCCCCGACGCGGCGGGUCCCCAACAGCAGGGAGGAGAUGUCACCUCGAUGUCACCUCCGAGCCCCGACCAACACCCCGGGCGGCUCCGAGGCGGGAGUUGGGGAAGGACGGGAUGUUCCCGGCUCGGGAGCCCCUCCUGAGGACCCCCGCGGGUGUUUUUCUCCCCCCCCCCCAGACCUGUACACGGCCCCCGACUCGUGCGAGGGUCGCUGCGGGGAACCCCCGAGCGAGGAGGACGAGUGUCACUGUCACCCGGAGUGCGGGACCCGCGGCAGCUGCUGCGGGGACUUCGACCGGCACUGCCGGCCCGGCGGGGACGGGGAUGAGGAUGAGGAUGAGGAGGCAGCUCCAGCCCGCGGGGUCCGAUGGGUGCCGGACGACCCCCCGCAGCCCCUCCUGCCCCUCCCCACAGGCGGCUUCUCCCGGAGCAGCGAUUCCAUCACGGAGCAGGAGCUCCUGGAGCUGUCGGAGCAGCUCUACGGGCUGGAUCACAACCGGGCCCGGCCCGGAGACAUCGCCCUCAACCCCCAGCACCGGGCGGGCCCCGGCGAGACGGGACACGGGCGGGACCUGUCGCCACAGCCGCUCUACAAACACGUGAACGAGGAGCUGUUCUCCAAACCCACCUACUCCAGCUUCAUUAAGCUGCUGGAUAAUUACCAGCGGGCCACGGGCAGGGAGGAGGAGGUGACUGCGGAGGAGCUGCGGGAACAGGACACCUUCCUCGGGGAGGCGAUGGAAACGGAGCUCAUGAGGACGCUCUUCACCUUCCUCCGAGAGAAAAACCGCUACGGCUCCGAGCAGGAAUUCCUGGAGGAUUUGAAGGGGAUGUGGUUCGGGCUCUACUCCAGAGGGGACGGAGAGCAGGACUCCAGCGGCUUCGAGCACGUCUUCUCAGGGGAGGUGAAGAAAGGGAAAGUGUCCGGAUUCCACAACUGGAUUCGCUUCUACCUCCUGGAGAAGCAGGGAACGGUCAACUACCUGAGCCACAACUUCGACGGGCCGUGGGACACGUUCCCCACGGUGCUGGGGCUGCAGUUCAGCUGGGACGGGUUCCACAAGGAGGUGGGAUCCGCCUUCAUCGGCUCCAGCCCCGAGUUCGAGCUCGGCCUCUACACCCUCUGCUUCCUGGCGCGGCCCGGCCGGGCGUGA